CGUCACCCAGCAGGAUCGCAAAUAUGGCGGAGCCCUCCCUCGGGAAUUCGAGCCCAGGAGGCUCAGCAGGUUCCGACGACCAUGAUUUUGAUCCGUCAGCCGACAUGCUUGUUCACGACUUUGAUGAUGAGCGAACCCUAGAGGAGGAGGAAAUGCUGGAGGCAACAGACGAGACCAACUCCAACGAGAUCGAAGACCUGGCACGGGAGGGGGAGAUGCCCAUACAUGAGCUGCUGAGUCUCUAUGGCUAUGCGAACAGAUCGCCUGCAGAGGAAGAGGAGGAGGAAGAUGAGGAGCCAGAGGAAGAGGAUGAGGAGGAAGAGGAUGAAGAAGAGGACCUUGAUCCUGAUGAAAGCAGCAGAAGCACCGGAGAGCUGAAGAAAACGGAGGGCGAAGAUUUCAAGACUUCAUCAGAACAAGGCAGCGAUUCCCAGACCACUUCUGACGGUCGCACGCGCUCAGUCCGGUCACUCGGCACGGCAGAACUCAUUCGCCCUCAGAAACUCAAGUACUUUGAAAGUAGUCAUGACGCAGAAGAGGAGUCAGAAGAAGAUGAGGACUAUGUUCCCUCUGAAGACUGGAAGAAGGAGAUAAUGGUGGGUUCUAUGUAUCAGGCUGAGACUCCUGUUGGUUUGUGUAAAUACAAAGAAAACGAGAAAGUUUAUGAAAACGAUGACCAGUUGUUGUGGAACCCUGACUGCGUUCCCGAGGGGAAAGUUGUCGAGUUCUUGACGGAGGCGUCGAGGCGAACUGGAGAGGAGAAAGGAGUGGACGCAAUCCCAGAGGGUUCUCACAUCAAAGACAACGAACAGGCUUUGUAUGAACUGGUGAAAUGUGACUUUGACACAGAGGAAGCUCUAAGAAGACUAAGGUUUAAUGUAAAAGCAGCUCGAGAGGAGAUAUCAGUUUGGACUGAAGAGGAAUGUAGAAACUUUGAACAAGGACUACGAGCUUAUGGGAAAGACUUUCAUUUAAUACAGGCCAAUAAGGUGAGAACUAGGUCUGUAGGAGAAUGUGUGGCCUUUUAUUACAUGUGGAAGAAAUCUGAGCGUUAUGAUUUCUUUGCACAGCAAACCAGACUAGGAAAAAGGAAAUACAACCUUCACCCUGGUGUCACGGACUAUAUGGACAGAUUAUUGGACGAGACAGAGAGCGUGACGUCCAGCAGGGCGGCGUCGCCUCCGCCCACCACGUCCAGCAGCAGCGCCAGCCACUCUGAGAGGGAAGACAGCAGCAGUCAGAACGGUGAGGAAAAACCACGGCUUUCAGGCGCAAACCAAGGGAAGAGUUUCAGCGUCGCGGGUCAUCCGUUGGACCCAUCUCAGUUGCCCGACUCGACCCAAGUGAAGGUCGAGGGCGUCCAGUCCAACGGCCCGUCUCACCCAGAAGCGGAGCCGCUCCUCUCGAUUCCAGACAACAACUCCAAUGGCUGCGGCCAAGUCAGCGCGCCCAACCACGACAGAAACGGCUCUCUGGAGCUCCUGCUGGACCACAAACCGGCUGCGGCGGCGGUGGAGGCGGCCGUGGCACAGGACAGACCGGCCAAAAGAUGCAGGACUGAAGCAGAGCCUCUGAGUCAGAGCGAAGCCGAUCCAUCCAGAACACACGAAGACUAACAACGUUCAGGACUGCCGUUGUUCGUUAAUAACACACCGUUUUUGGGGUGACGUUUUUCCUCUUUCCCCACUGCCCCUCAGUUUCUCCAUAAAUGGCUAGUUUAGUGGAGCAGAGGACAAAGACGAUGAAGCUUCGUUGAGCUGUGAGCACAGAAUCUCUUAAAAGACUCACUUUAGGAAGGCCAAAGGUUGAUGAAAAGCCCGUCUGCUCCGCCACGUCCCAAAAGACACGUUUUCCUCAUCGUCUCCACUCCCAGUUUGGAGACUUGUCAAAAUUUUGCCAAGAAUUCUCUUUUCUUUUUCUGUUUUUUUCUAUUUGUACUUAAAUAAAACAAAUCAUCUGUGAUAUUUUUCUACACAAGAGAUAUUUAUAUUUUCUAACCAAAAAUAAAAAGCUCUAAUGAUAUGGGUUCUUGGUGUUCAAGCCAUUCGUUUGUUGUUGAGGGUUUGAUGGAAAUGCUGGCGUGUCUCCAGCUGGCUGUUGUUGCACUUUGAUUGUACGUUUCUCCUGUUUGAGGAGCGACUCACCCCAAACUCCCCCCAGCAGAACCCCCCACCCCCCACAGCUGUUUGAGUCUGCUGAAUAAACCCACGGGUCUGUCCCCCUGCAGGUUUGUUUGUGAAAAGCAGCUGACAUCAGUGAUGUCCUGUAUUAUCAUGUAGAUCUCUGCAUAUGUUUUUUUUUUUUUUUUUUCAAUUUUUAUAGUCUGCUUUGCUCAACACUUUGUUUUUACUAGACAGAAUGUUUGUGACCGCUCAUGUAAAGUUUGUAAAGUUUUCUUACCUUUAAUAAGCAGUUGGUGCAUAUUUUUCUCCUUUCAUGUUGCUUUUCUUCGGUCUUCCUUGUACACUGCGCUUUUUUUUUUUUUCCUUGCUGACAAACUGCUGAUUAUUUUCUGAUGGAUGUAAUAAAAAUUAAAAAAAUAAAAAUCA